AUGCUUACAGGGAAGUACGGAAGCACGACAACUUGGAGCGGGAUGCACUUGUCCAAAUGCGCAGCCCUGGGCGGAUGGAGCACCUCGACCAGAUGUGGAAGGUAUACCGCCAGUGACUACAGUCGGCAGGCUGCAUGGGCCAUCCGGUAUGCUCCGCCGCUUACGGCCAAGGGGGUUCACUCCGGCAUGCCGCUCGGGGAGAUGACAAAGAGGGCGUCGACGACGAACCUUACUCGGAGAACGUCAUCUGCUACCCCUUCCGGGUGUCGGUACAGAGAAACCUUCAUGGUCACGAAGACGAACGCUCCAGAUAUCCAGCGGACAGCAAUUGAGGACGAUGAAGGUGCACACCUGCUCUCCGCCGACGACCUUCUGGAGAACCUCGCGAAUCUGGUCCUCGGCGUCGCCCUCCUCCUCCAGCAGAGCCGAGACGCCAGCGCAGACGCCCCGGCACACCCUGUCCCUUCCAGUACCAACACCCGCAUCUGGGACCUCAUCCGCGACGCAGUCGCAGAUGGAUCCCUCGGCGUGGUCCCCAAGCGCACGGCGCAUGGCUUUUUCGCCGUUCCGCUUUGCAGCCGCCUCGACGCCGAAGGGCAUGUCACCGCGCUCGUCUCCCUCCACGUAUGGCUGGCGGACGGCGAGCGCAGCAAACAGGACCUAAACGCAUACUCCUACCAGUCAACGGCGCGGAGCUGGGUGUUGGCCGGAAGGGGAACGCAUCAUGUCCAUGAGGCGACCCACGUGGCGUAUGACACAGCAGGGAGUGGAGGCGGAGAAGAAAACAGGAGAACAGGACACGAGACUCACCGAAAGCCUUCGUUCGUGGAGAACAAGAGUGUCAUAAUCUGUGGCAAGGAGAUGCGCGCGGAAGUCUAUAUGCGGGACAUGUCGUACGCCGUCCCCGCAAACUCGUACCACCGGACGGAGGUCGAUCCAGAGGAGAUCUACGCGACGCUGUUCCACCUGGACGGGCCGGACGGCGCAGUCGGGGACGCUCGCGCACUUGGACCAACCAACAGCGCCGAGUGCAUCUCGGAGCAGACGCACCGCCCAGGAGAGUACACCGCCGCUCGGUUUGUGAACGUGGUCGACACCCUCCGUCGCUUCGAGCUGCUGAUACAGGAGGGCCGUCAGCGUGCAGGUGAAGCAGAGUGGGAGCCGGCACAGCGAGCUAUCCGAGACGCGAUCGACGUCUGCAGCUCGCCCACUAGCGCCCUCGUCCACGAACUGCGGUAUCUCGCCAUCGCGGUCGCAGAGCUGGGGAAUAUCAGCCGACGGUUCGGGCACUACGAUCGCGCCCGGACCAUCCUCGAGGAGCUGUUAUCCGCGAUGAGGAAGCCAAGCUUGCUGUGCGCCGAGAUAUAUGGGGAGCUCGGCGUCAUCUGCCGGCACUUGGGGAAGCUGGAUGAAGCGAAGGACGCGCUCGAGGCCCAAUACAUGAUGGCGAAGGAGCUGGGCUGGGAGCGCGGCACGUGCAGAGCGGUAGGGAAUCUAGGCAUGAUCAACUACCAGCUCUCACAAAACACGCACGACGACGGGCUGUUGGACGCGGCGACCCGGCAGCUGGAGGAGAGGGUUGAGCUGGCACGGCGUCUGAAGGAGACGACCGACGGUGGCAAGGCUCCGGACUGGAACAAGCUCACCGCCUGGGAGGGCAUCGGGCUCGCCCGAUUGUCGUUGUGCCACACCGCGCGGGGGAGCUUUCACGAGGCGAUCGAGGCCGCCCGAACAUCCCUUGACUGCAACUACGCUUCGGGGGAUCCGACGGUGAUAGCUAUGUCCCGCCUCUUCUACGGCCGAGCCCUGUUGCUUGAAAGGCGGCGGGAUGAAGCUCUUGCGGCGUUCAAUCCACCAGGCACAUGCACUCCGGCCAUGGCGCUGUGCAAAGAGCCAUCUGAAGAGUACCGCGGGUAUCUGGGCGCACUGGUGGCGGACGUAGGAGUGCACUUAGACGUGCUCGACGAACAGGGGUACAGCGCGCUGGACUACGCGGUCUUCAGCGGUGACGGCGAGACUGAGCGCCUCGUUAUCCAGGGCCUCCAGCUCAGGCUUCCAGGGAGCCAGGUCGAACGGCACCGAACUGAGGCCUAUCUGCGGAAGGGCUACCGCGAGCUAUUCCAGGAGGCCCUGCGACCGGUCCUCCUCGAGAGCAAAGACCACAACGGGCUCCAGCGUUUGAGAGUGGCGUACGCGGAUGCGCUGGCCGCGGACGAGUCGAAGGGAGAGCUCUUUGAUCGCCUCAAGUUCGUGCGGUACAGGGACUUCGAGAAGUUCGGGCGGCUGCCCAUGUCGAGCGAGGGCCGGACGCAGGUAUUCAACCCGAAGAAGGCGGAGGAGGGUGGAGAAGCCAACUACAUCGUCUUCUUCUCGUACACGUGGUGCUGGAACAAGAGAUUGGGUAUCCCAUCACCGGACGACGAGGAACACACCCAAUACCGCCGCAUGCUCGGGGCCAUCAAAGCCUUCUUAGAGUUGCGUCCCAGUAUAGAUCCGAACCGGCUUGGUAUUUGGCUUGACUACGCCUGUGUCGACCAGCUCUCGCCUGCAGCAGGUGUCAACGCGCUGCCUCUGAACCUGAUGCAGUGCAAUGCCGUCAUCAGCCUCUUUGACGAACGCUACUACUCACGCGCGUGGUGUUCCCUCGAAGUGUUGAUCGUGCAGACGUUGCGAAGGGCGUGGCGCAUGCACUCCUGGUUCGUGUGCGACAAAGAGGGCACGUUGAGCGAGGCGCCACACGGGUUCGAUAUCGAUAUGACAGGCAAGGACUUGACUUACGAGGACGAGCGGCCGAAACUGGAGUUCCUAGAGAGGCAGAGCAAGUUAUUAGGGUAG